ACCGGGGUUGGGAGGGCGGGGGUGGACACUCGGGUAUAGAAGUGGCGAGGAGAGGACGAGAGCCAGAUAUCGCCGUCGAUCCAGAUAAGCCGUGCGAGCGCGAUAAGGUACGGACGGACGCUUCACCCCCCCAUCCCGGCCGUGACAGUCGACCUGUCACAGACUUUAUAAACAGGCUUUUUUUCUAAGAAGUUAAGAACCAUCGCAAAUAAAGAAGGAAACAGAGGGAACGUUAGCGUCAGCCCAUUCGCUGUGCUUACCGUGAGCUCUCGAUUCGCGUGUAAUUAGCGCGUACGUUGCGUACCGCUCGAGAACACGCGUUGCAUACAAUACACUUACAUACACACAACACCCCAUGCACACAUACAUACACACAUACACACACAUAUAUAUAUAUAUAUCUAUGUACGCAUGCAUGCACCCACGUAUCUCGCGUUCGCAUAUUGUACGUGAUAAGGGCGCACAUUGAGCAAAAGCAGAAAGAUAGAGAGAAAAGGAGGGAGGAAGAGAGAAAAGGAAAGAGAAGGAAACAAAAAGAACUAUUAGUGUAGGCACACACAGAGGGUAGGAGCCUGUAUAUCGCAUACGAGAGAGUGCAUCUACGCAUCGGCGUGUUUCAUAAAGCAGCAUCACUACUUUUCGUACGGAUCUCUACAUGCCGCAUCGAGUGCAUCGCACGGCCGAUUAGAGACAACUCAAGAAAUUGAGCCGACCAAUCGUGGAUCCUCCGAUCAUGUCGCUGCUCAGCGUAACGGUGAAGAAAGCGCGGUUCAUCUGCGAGGAUGCGGAGCAGUUCAACUCCUACGUUACGCUGAAGCUACAGAACGUGAAGUCGACGACAGUCACUGUGAAAGGGGCCAAUCCAUGCUGGGAACAAGACUUCCUCUUCGAAACGAAUGACAUGAAUGCCGGUCUCGUGGUGGAAGUGUGGUGCAAGGGAUUCUUGUGGGACCGCUUUCUGGGCUACUACUAUAUCCCACUGUCGGAGGUGUCCUACAUGAACGAGGUAACGAGAAAUCAGUGCAACGUAAGUCGUACAGAGGCACAGCACCAACAAACCGAACACACACCGUCCGAUAUCCGUGACACCAACAGCAAUACACAGCAAGACUUCGUCACCGAUACGGAAACUACCGGACAGUGGGUUAGUCUAGGCCUGGAGCUGGAGCAGAGGGGCAACGAUAUUGUCGGCACGAAAAAACCGACGGGCCACUCGCUUCUGAUCGACUGCCGGCUGGAGCUGCCGUACGACCCUGAGAACACGGAGGCGGCCGAUCUGCAGAGGAAGCUGGAAAUGCUGAACAACAUGAUGGACCAGGAGGCGCGGGCCGAACAGGCACGAAGGCAGAUAUUAUACAAUAUAGGCCACUCGGGAUACUCGGAGGACUCUGACUACACGUCGGACUUGAAUUAUCCAGUAGGUGGACAGGGUGCGAACAGCUCGGCCUCGCAGUUUCGCACAGCGGCUAAUCAAUUGGCUACGCCUCAAAGAUCCCUCGAGACGUCGAGAGAAAACAGUUACGAGAGAGACGAUCAUCAGGUUCCAGUCACCGUCGGAGGAAGGCUGGCACCUGGUAAUUACGGAAAUUACGGGGGUUCGGGCCAUAGUCCGAGAUAUGACGAGCCGUAUCCGGAGGACGGUCUACCGCAGAGAUACCUGCAGACGCAACAGCACCCUUCAGAGUCUUCCGAGCCACUCUUCUACAACAGUAGACCGAAGCACUACAAGGAAUACAGACGAAGGAAGCACACGUGGGAUUACGAGGACAGCCAAGACGGCUGGUACAGCGAAGGUUACGAGUAUGGCACGAGGGUCGAUGACACGAGAAUAUACAGCGAUACUGAACAAUAUUACUCGAACAACACUAGUUCAAGAAGAAAACUCGGAAAAGCAAUUCCGUACAGAAGACCGUCUCUGGAGAGACAGAUGACCCUGUACGACGAUCACUCGUAUUACGCUGAUGGAUAUGGCAGCGACGGCAGAGUGGGUAAAAUGAGCGCUACGUAUCCGGAAUGCGAGACGGAUAUUAGAUAUAAUGAGUAUUACGACACUAUAACGGGAUACGUCUAUCAAGAUGAGAGGUACGGUCAAGACGACGAGGACAGACAGUGGGACAGUGGAGGGAAAUGGUACUCGGGAACAAGCACGUACUACGAAAACAAACGGAAUAGAAAGACGCUUCCGCAGAGGCCCGCCUCGAGCAUCGGCAUACACCGACCGGACUACAGACCCACCGUUACCAGACAGCGUAGCUACGAGUCGGACGAACUCGAUUACAACGGAUACAAUUCUCGUCGCCGGAAGACCCUGCAGCCGCAGCAACGUCCGAUGUCCCGGCAGGAGGGCGGCACCGGUAAGAAACUACCUCCGACCCCGACCAAGCCGAGCAACGUGGUGGUUAACCGUAAGCUCGCCUCUCUGCCCGCCACGCCGAGCAGACAACUGCCAAAGACCAGAACGCCCUCCGAAGAGAGCUACUACAAGUCUGACUACAACGAGGACUAUAAUUACGCUUAUCGUAGUCAGGACAAUCUGCCGCAAGACGCGUAUACGGAGAAUAUUUACGGCCAGCAGCAACCGCAGCAGCAGCAGCAGCAGCAGCAACAGCAGCAGCAGCAGCAGCAGCAGCAGAGCGACCAGGUCGAUCACACCGCCAACAAGACUCGGUAUCCCGAGAUAAAUCAGGAUAAUCAAUAUAGCUACGCGACGCAGGUCGACGACCAGUACGGCCAAUCGUAUCCGGAGCAACACACGCAAAACAGCUACGAUCAGACGACAUACGCGGAGCAGAACUCGUACAAGGACGAGUAUCAGCAGCCUUACGCACAGCAGAACACCCAGGUGUACCAAGGAUCCUACACGGAUCCGACGUAUCCGAUCGCCAGCCAGGCGAACGAUCAGUAUGCGAAUCAAGGGAAGAAUCAGUAUGACAAGCCGGACGGUAUGGUAAUCGAGGACAAUUUUCACGAGAUGGGUUUCAAUCAGAACAACGGGCAGUAUCAGCAGGACUACAAGCAGCAGGAUGUUUAUCAGGAGCAGUACGACGAUUAUGGCGUCAGCACUGUGCCAUCGAGCGUCUACGAUCAGAACAAUGUCGCGAAUACUUACAAUCAAUAUCAGCCGGAGCAGUACGACUCUCAGUACAAUAUCAAUACGUCGACGGGCGAAUAUCAAACUUAUCAAGAGACGUACAAUCAAGUGCCUGUAACGUCGCAGGAUAAUUAUCAGGAAUCCUACGCGAAGCAGCCGCAGGAGGAUUUCGCGAACUAUCAGACGCCGUACAGUAAGCAGGAGGACGUGCCUACGACGUACAAGAAUAAUUAUCAGGAAUCUUAUCAGGAUUAUCAGGAGUCGUAUGAUGAAUAUCAAGACUCUUACCAGGGAUCCUUCGAGGAUCAGCGUUAUAAAGACACUCUGGCGGCGACGACGACGACGACGACAACGACGGACAGGAGGCAGAGCGAAGUGCCCGAGCUCUCCGUGACCACGCCUCGAGGUCAAACGAGGACGAACGGUUAUCCGUCGAACGAGUCGGAGUAUCUCUAUCAACAGAACGAGGACGUGUCGUUGGGCGCGUCGAGGAGGAAGAAGCUCAGCAGCAAGCGCGAUGUCAGCCCGCUCCUGCAGCAGAAUACAGAUUCACUCGAGUCCCGGGACGACGAGUUGAAAGAUUCAUUUGAGACCGCUGUGAGCUCCGUCGCCAGCAGCCAACCUAAGAAAGGGUACAGCGAAUACUCGACGGCCGGCGACUCGAACCUAGCGUCCGCCACCUUGGUGGAUUCGCCGCAGAACAUCGUUCAGUCUCAGACUUCGACGAUGGUCAAUCACGUGACAGCGAAUCACGUAACCACCACUGCGAUGGUCCACACCACCACCACGAACAUCGUGAACGGCAAACGACCAUUGGCCAGGGCAGAUUCUUAUCAAGAAGACAUUAUUGAGGAUGAUGAGUAUCCAGAAAUCAUUCCCAAGGAGCCGCAGAGAAAAGACUCGCAGAUGUCGCAUCAGAGUCAGCUUAGUCAGCACUCUCAGUCGCUCUCACAGAAGCCGAAGCUCACCAGAGGGGACUCUUACAUCUCAGAUAACUUCCCUGAAGAGUCUUACAGUCGUAGAAGCUCAUAUGCACAACUGCCUAGGAAAGACUCCUUCUCGUCAACUCAAGAAGGAUUCAAGCCGCCGCUCACUAGAACUGAUUCGUAUCAACAACGGGAACUACGAGGGAGCAAUUAUGGACAGAGUUUCACGCCGCAGCCUAUUUCCAGGGCGGAAAGCUAUCAACGCGGUCAUUUUAAGGACCAGGAGUCGAUUGAUCAAAGCGACAUUGUUCUGAGCAACACGGUGAACGGAGAUUACCAAAUGCGCGACGAGACUCUUGAGAGGUACGAACGGGGCGAAGACGCUUUGCUUCGUAACUCUCGAGAGGACUCACUCGAUCAGUACAAAGAAACUCCGCCUAUGUCACGCAUGGAGAGUCCACGCGGGAGUAUAACGAAGCAGGCGUCGUUGGACGAAAGCGUUCAGAUGGAUACUCCGCCGAGAAGUCCUCCAGAGCCGCCACCCGACGAGGAACUCCUAGAGAUGGUCGGCGUUGCACCGGUGCCCACACAGCUGAAGGAACGCCCGGAGAUGACGGCGCGACAGCGGUGGCAUUGGGCGUACAAUCAGAUCAUCAUGCAGCUAAACAACGGCAGCGGGCCGGGCGGCGAAUCCGGUGGACGAGCGAACGGACAUCCAGGCGACAAUCCUUUCUACAGCACCAUCGACAGCAUGCCGGACAUUCGACCGCGACGGAAGUCGAUACCAUUGGUUUCCGAGCUGGUCUUGAAGACCAUGGCGGCGACGAAGAGGAACGCUGGCCUGACGUCCGCCGUGCCUCGAGCGACGCUGAACGACGAGGAGCUGAAGAUGCACGUGUACAAGAAGACCCUGCAGGCGAUGAUCUAUCCCAUAUCGUCGACCACCCCUCACAACUUCGUCACCUGGACGGCCACGUCGCCGACCUAUUGCUACGAGUGCGAGGGUCUUCUCUGGGGUAUCGCUCGACAGGGAGUGCGAUGUAUGGAGUGCGGCGUCAAGUGUCACGAAAAGUGCAAGGACCUGCUGAACGCCGACUGCUUGCAGCGGGCGGCUGAGAAGAGUUCGAAACAUGGCGCCGAGGAUAAAGCGAUGAGCAUAAUCACGGCGAUGAAGGAUCGUAUGAAGCAAAGGGAACGGGAGAAACCAGAGAUCUUCGAACUGAUUCGGUCAGUCUUCGGGGUCGACGAAAAGGCGCACGCGAAUCACAUGUCGUCGGUGGAGCAGUCUGUUUUGGAUGGUACCAGCAAGUGGUCGGCGAAGAUCGCUAUUACAGUGAUCAGCGCCCAGGGAUUAAUCGCCAAAGAUAAGAGCGGCACAUCUGAUCCAUACGUGACGGUGCAAGUUGGCAAAGUGAAGAAACGCACGAGGACCAUGCCGCGAGAGCUGAAUCCAGUCUGGCACGAGAAGUUCUACUUCGAGUGCCACAAUUCGUCCGACCGGAUCAAGGUUCGAGUGUGGGACGAGGACAACGAUUUGAAAUCGAAGCUGAGGCAGAAGUUGACGAGGGAGAGCGAUGACUUCCUCGGGCAAACUAUUAUCGAGGUGCGAACUCUCAGCGGCGAGAUGGACGUCUGGUACAAUCUGGAGAAGAGAACGGACAAGAGCGCGGUGUCCGGCGCUAUUCGGCUGCACAUCAGCGUCGAAAUCAAGGGCGAGGAAAAAGUGGCGCCUUAUCACGUGCAGUACACCUGCCUGCACGAGAAUCUCUUCCACAGCCUGUGCGAGGAGAACGGCGGCAUGGUGACGCUGCCUCAGGAGAAGGGCGACGACGCCUGGAAGGUCUAUUUCGAUCCUCCCGGCGAGGAGCUCGUCGACGAGUUCGCCAUGCGCUACGGCAUCGAGAGCAUCUACCAGGCGAUGACGCACUUCCACUGCCUCUCAACUAAGUACCUGUGCCCAGGCGUGCCGGCUGUUAUGUCGACCCUCCUGGCGAACAUAAAUGCGUAUUACGCCCACACGACCGCGAGUCCGGCCGUGUCGGCCAGUGAUAGAUUCGCCGCCAGUAACUUCGGGAAAGAGAAAUUCGUCAAGCUACUGGAUCAGCUGCACAACUCCCUCAGGAUCGACCUGUCGAUGUAUAGAAACAACUUCCCGGCUUCGAGCCAAGAGAAGCUGAUGGACCUGAAGAGCACCGUGGACCUGCUGACGAGCAUCACGUUCUUCCGCAUGAAAGUCCAGGAGUUGUCGAGUCCGCCGCGCGCCAGCACCGUCGUCAAAGACUGCGUGAAAGCGUGCCUGCGAUCGACCUAUCAGUUCCUCUUCGAGAACUGUUACGAUCUGUACAACAGGGAAUUCCAAACGGAUCCGAAUGAAGCGAAGAGGGACACGGACGAUCACGGGCCGCGGCUGGACUCGGUCGACUUCUGGCAUAAACUGAUCGCCCUGAUAGUCUCGGUGAUCGAAGAGGACAAGAACAGUUACGCGCCCGUGCUGAAUCAAUUCCCGCAGGAGCUAAACAUCGGCCAGCUGUCGGCGGCCACUAUGUGGUCGCUGUUCGCGGUGGACAUGAAGUACGCCCUGGAAGAGCACGAGCAGCACAGGCUGUGCAAGUCCUCGGCCUACAUGAAUCUGCACUUCAAGGUCAAGUGGCUGCACGCCAACUACGUGAAGGACGUGCCGCCGUACAAGGGCGCGGUGCCGGAAUAUCCGGCCUGGUUCGAACCCUUCGUGAUGCAAUGGCUCAACGAGAACGACGACGUCUCGUUGGAGUAUCUCCACGGUGCCUUUAGUAGAGAUAAAAAGGAAGGCUUCCAAAAGAGCAGCGAGCACGUGCUCUUCAGCGUCUCCGUCGUCGAUGUCUUUACGCAGCUUACGCAAUGCUUCGACGUGGUGUCAAAGCUCGAGUGCCCUGAUCCAGAAAUCUGGAAGAGGUAUAUGAAGAGAUUCGCGAAGACCAUCGUCAAGGUCCUGGUGGCUUACGCGGACAUCGUGAGGAAGGAGUUCCCCAGCCAUCUGAAGGAGGAGCGAAUUGCCUGCAUUCUGAUGAACAACAUCCAGCAGCUUCGGGUACAACUGGAAAAGAUGUUCGAGUCGAUGGGCGGCGACAAGCUCGAGGAAGAUGCGGCGAACAUAUUGAAGGAAUUGCAACAGCAACUCAACAGUGCUCUGGACGAUCUAGCUAUACUUUUUGCGAACAGUUUAGAGCCGCGAAUAACGGUCUCCGUCAGGGAGCUAGGAGAUCUUUUGCUGGCCAUCAAAGGCGGAGGCCAGGGGACUCUGUCGCAGCCGCAAAGGAACAACGUGACCGCGGAGGCCGACGAUGUUUUGAGGCCGCUCAUGGUUCUGCUCGACGGCAGCUUAUCUCUGUACGCUGAAUCGUGCGAGAAAACGGUACUGAAACGACUACUGAAAGAAUUGUGGAAGAUCGUGAUGAGGAUCUUAGAGAAGACCGUCGUUUUGCCACCUAUGACGGACAAGAGCAUGAUGUUUAAAAAUCUGACGGAUAAUGCCAAGAAUCUCGCUGCGAACGCCAAGAUAGAAGAUAUGUCGAAGCUAUUUAAGAACCACAUGGCCGGAAAACCCGACGUGAAGAACGCUCUCAGCGGUGUUAUGGAUAUCUCAAAGGAAGUGGAAAAGAACCUUUCACCAAAGCAAUGCGCUGUUCUCGACGUCGCUCUGGACACAAUCAAGCAGUACUUCCACGCCGGCGGUAACGGCUUGAAGAAAACGUUCCUGGAAAAAUCACCGGAGCUGCAGAGCCUCCGUUACGCGCUGAGUUUGUACACGCAAACAACGGACACCCUCAUCAAGACCUUCGUCACCUCACAAGUCAAUCAAGUGCCGCUGAACGACGCGUCAACGCUACAUCAGCGUCAGCGCUCGAUGAGCAGCGAGAGAGGUGACGAAGGGGAAGGAGCCGAGGGUAUGGAAAGCCUCGAGGAACCCCUUCGCCAGAGCAAGCCCUCUCUUCGUCGAGAGAGCCGACAAGUUCCAGAUACCUCCAAUUCGGACGAGGGUUCGGUAGGCGAAGUAAGCAUUCAAGUAGAUCUCUUCACGCAUCCGACAACGGGAGAUCAGAAAGUCACUGUCAAAGGUAACUUUCGCGUUAAAGUUGUGGCUGCGAACGAUUUGAAAUGGCAACUGGCAACGGGCAUGUUCAGACCGUAUGUUGAGGUGAAUCUAAUCGGUCCGCAUCUCGCUGGCAAGAAGAGAAAACAAUCGACGAAGUCGAAGAGUAACAACUGGUCGCCACAAUUCAACGAGAGUUUCGACUUCAUGAUCGGUAACGAGCAGCAACAGCUAGACUUCCACGAGUUGCACAUCUGCGUGAAGGACUACUGCUUUGCGAGAGAGGACAGGCUCGUCGGAGUCGCGGUAAUGCAGCUCAAGGACAUCGUCGAGGAGGGUUCGUGCGCAUGCUGGCUGUCGCUCGGCAAGCGCAUCCAGAUGGACGAGACCGGCUGGACGAUCCUGCGCAUACUCUCGCAGCGCAACAACGACGAGAUCGCCAAGGAGUUUGUGAAGCUGAAGAGCGACAUCAGGCAGGAGACACCGCUGCCGAAUCCUACUUGAGGAGAUGCGGCGCAGCGUUAAUAAGCCGACAGCGAAGCGAUUCGAGCACUUCGAGCUUGGAAAGAGCCCGAAGAGGAAAAGGAGGAGGAGGUGGAGAAGCAGGAGGCCGUCCAAAGGGAGUUAGCGUUCGAUGUCUUCGGAUCGAACGAAACCUUUCACGACUAAUUCCGCGGGAAAAGAAGAAGAAGAAGAAGAAGAAGAAGAAGAAAAAGAAGAAGAAGAAGCGAAGAAGACGAAGAAGAAGAAGAAGAAGAAAGAGCGACACGCGAGAGAUAUGUAAUCCCAUGUGAUUCACGCGGAUCGCUCGACGCGAAAACGAUCACCCGAACCCUUCCGCCCUUCUCCGCGCGACACGACAGGGGAGGGACAAUUCCUACUCAGCGAGAUUGAAUUUGUCGCGGAACUUCCUCCCUCCGACUUCCCUCGCGCCGCAGAGUUCGGUCGAGCGUGUUUCCUCUCCGUUUUUUACGAGUCACACAUACACACAGAGCUUCAGCCCCGUCCCUGGACAGCGACGAUGCACCCGGGAACCACCAUCUUCCACUGAUCUCGAGCUAGGAGGUACGAGACGAGCUAGGUCGACCCCGCGUGGCUCGGCGUGCGUCCGGCUACUACUACUACUUCUACAAUAAGGAAAGAGGGGCGAUUCCUCCCGCCCGCAUUUCGGAGAAACUAAAGAAGAAGAAGAAGAAAUAAGAAAAGUAAUCGAGGAAGCGGAGCUCGGCAGCGACGAUGACGAGCGACGCCCUAAAAUACUAAUACAUAAGACAAAGAGACACAUCGGACUCUUCUUCGUGCGAGUGCCGCAGGCGAGACACAAGGAGAGGGGGAGAAAAUGGGGAUACUGAAGGAGAGAGUGUUCGCGGAGAUGAAGAAAACGCGAAAACGUGUUAAACAGUGCUGCCAGUACGCAAUAUAUUUGGUAAAUAUUCGUAAUGUAAGAUUAGGACGAGAGAUCAACAAUCGCGAAGAAAAACUGAAACGCCGGUGCUUCGCGCGGAAAACGCGACGGACUCUCUCGGUCGGACGCGCCGCUGUUGAAAGACUGAAACCACAGAAGACGGAAGGACGAAGAGCGGGCCCGCGUACGGAUCGGAUCCUUGACCGCGACGCGGCCGCGCUAGCUGCUAAAGCAGGGAGCGAGUCGAGCGUAUACAUACAGAACGAGGCAAACACGUCGAGGAGGACCGCAUACACGAAAUUUAACACACACACACACACACACACAUCCCCAGACAUACAUAUACAUACAACAUGUAUACAUGCGCGCGAUACGACCGCGUCGUUUCUAGGCCGUUUGUUCGAAGAGGACGAGUUUACUGUAGAUACGUGAAAACACAUUGUUGACGAAGAAGUUUUUUCUAAAUAUACAGUUUAAAUGUAGCAUUGCGUACGACCAAAUAGGCGCGCCCUGUGACGUCACUCAGCGGCGUGCCGUUAGUAAUAAAAACAAAAAAAAGUUAGUAAGGCAUUGUAAUUGUAAAGUAACGUUCUUAUUCGUAAGAUUAUAUCAGAGAUGAUCCGUAAGAGUCUGAUUGCUACUGAUACUGUGUUGCCGCUGUUGCGAAUGAUGCCGAGAUCCGGCCGGAAGCUUCGAGAGUCCAGUGAGUACCGCGCGACAUAUCGAUUCCCACGAUCGAGCGAUAAUUGAAAGAAACGCGUGAAGAUUUCACGCCCGCGCCUCCAGAAAUCGGUUCGCGUAUGUAUGUGUUUAAUUGUAAAGUCGAAAUUGAGAUCACGGACCGCGUUGUGAACGCGAACUUUCCCUUUCUACGAACCGGCGAGCGAACCGGUUCUCCAAAAUUGAACUUUUCGCCCUUACAAACAGCGCUGUCGAUGUUCCAUGUGUAUCCGAUUAUCUCAAUUGUUAUCCGUGAAUGAUACCUAAGUCGACAAGGUACAAAAAUUAUCCGAUCCAUGUUGAUAGAAUCGCUCGUAAUCUUGUGGCGCGCGCGCUGAAAUAAUUAUACUGUAGCUUUUUGAGUCUUUAAACAAUCGCUAACAACGGGUCUUUCUCACCAACACGAUACGCUAAGACCGGAUGUUAAAACUAUCGCUAUUACUACUGCGUUACCGUCUCUAUCAGCUUCAUCGCGUUUCUUGUUUCGUCUACUACUUGUACAUAGCGGACGUUCGUCUGAAACGUUCAUAGAAACGCGUCUCCGCGAUCUUUCUCACGAAAAUUUGUAUCGGAUCGGUGGCGAAGGGACAAUUGAGAACGAUCGCGUCCUCCGCGCGACAGUCGCGAUCGCACGAAGCUUCGGUCGGAUCCCUCCGUGAGAGAAACACAAAUGCACGCGACCUCGAAUCCGAUGGAUCCAGUCAUCGUCCAGCCCGAUACAGAGCCCGGGCAGGCAGGUACAACACUUCGGAGAUUACGCUAUUAUAUUCAAAAGUUUCUACUACGUAGUACGUCUAGAUUAUACUUACGUAUUGUGUAUAGUGUCUAAACUGCUGAUGUAGCUGCGAGCGCGGGAUUAAUGACCGAGGAAAAAAAAAACAGAGAGAGAGACAAGAGUCACCCAAAAACGAACGUUCGAUCGUCUCAGUUGCAGGUGCUUCCCAAAUAUAAAUAUCGAAAUUUCACAACACAAAUUCAAGAAAAUUCUAGAAACUUGGAAAAAAAUUGAUUUUAUAAUGUCAAGGAAAGUAAAUUAACAUAUUUCAACCAACCAGUAAAUUAAUUUAUAUUCAUUAAGUUUAGAUAAAUUUACUCGAGCUCUUAUGCAAUUCAUUCAUUAACAUUAUUGAAGCAUCGAACUCUUGAAAUAUAUAUCUUCCAUUAUUAUUAGUAUCUUGCUAGAACCCUUCGAUUUCAACCGUUCAUAAAUCGAUACACGAAACACCCGCAACUGAGCCUGUCGUUGGCGUUGUUGGAAAUCCAAAGAAGCAGGAAAGAAAAACACGGGUCCGCGACCUCGCCACCAUCUUCAUUUGUAAAAGUGUCUAUUUUCUCCGCUGCCUAACUAAGUACAUUUACUGAAUAUGAAAGGGCUGGCGAAUUCGGCACCCAGAUCGGCCUCGUCGACGACACACUCGGACGAUACAUCGUCACCCGUUUCCUCCCGAUCGACUGACAAGCCUCGAUCAUUGGAAAUCUAUCCGCAAUCACCCGCGAUUGUCGACGGGGUCGGCCGCCAAUUUUUCCUCCUACUCUCCGCUUCGAUUAAUAUCUUGUAAGCUUAAUGAAAAUAUCUCGUGUAUUCUGUGAUAAUUACCCCUUAAAGAGGACACUAACAUGCUACACUUUACACGCACAAGGAAACAUACACAUAGAUACACGUACACGUACGAAGGGAGAACCGCAGACGGAAUCCACAUAUACGGAGAUAGAGAAGAUUGUACGAAAGGACAAACAUAACAAAGAUAUAGAUAUGAUCUAUACGCCAUUACACCGAACAUAGCAACAGUAUUUUUCUUCUUUAAACACAUUCCCAUAUAUUUCUUAUUCUCUGUAAUCAUUAAACGUCCGAGGAGUCUCGUCGGGAUGGUGACGAAAGUGAGAGACAGAGAGAGAUAUAUAUAUAUAUAUAGAUAUAUAUAUAUAGAUAUAUACUAUGUAUAGAGUGAUCCAGGCUCGCCUCCACUUCCUUUCAUCUACCGAUCCUGUGACCAAUUCGCGGUUGAUUUCUCCUUAGCGAAAGUUUGAUCCUUUUCCACAACUUUCUAAUGUUAAAUUCUAAGUCUCAAAUAAAAAAUGCUAUGAAAGUAAAAUUCACUUCGAAUUGAAUAAAGGUUUUAAAGGCUCCGUCGUCUUCUAUUGCACGCCGAAGUUCUUGUCGCUUUUUAUUGUCUCACAGUUAACAAAGAGUUAAUCGUUAUACCUCGACACAUUUUGUUAAGGAAAAAUACUCGAAAUUGAUCGGAGAGUCCGUAGAUGGGGCGCGCGGAACCUGGGACACUUUGUGUGUACCGCAAUAACAAAUCAUAAUGCUUCACCCGCGAUUUUAUCAGCCGCAUGGAUAAUCAAGCAGGUACGGAUACGAUAUACAGACACGAAAAUUACGGGACGCAAAAGUGUGCCGCGCAUAACGGCAGUGAUGCUUUCGGUCUCGAUGUACGAUUACGCAUAAGAAUGGCGCGAUUAAUCGAUAGCGACGAGAAAGAACGCGAUCCAGCCGUUCGAAGAAUGUAAAAUGCUAUGAGUGAGAGAAACUCUGAGAAAAUCACGUUCAAACCAAAUGUUUUAGCGCGAGUAAUGGAGUUUUACAAAUUUCUUGCCUUCCCUAAAAAUCUGCUUCUUCAUAGUUUUUUACCAUUCAUCAUGCUGCAGAUUAUUUAACACUCUGAACACCUCGAAUUUUGUAAAUAAUAUGUCAAUCGCGGGAAACAUUCUCGUCCCGAAAGAUUAGAGUCAUCGCGGUCUUCGAAUCGAUCCGUCGUCGCUCUCCAGAUUUUUUCGUACGAAAGAGGUACAAAGCUUUAAUGGAGGUCAAGUAGUUGCCUGUCGAAGAGGAAAAGACUGUCCGUAAAGGAAUGCCGCAAACUUUUGCGUCCAUGCAGAAAACCAAGGCCAGAAAUUCAAAGUUAGACAUUCCAGACCGCUUUAAGCAAGACGCGUUAGUAAGGAAACGAAAGAUCAAUGAAACUAAGGAGAGAUAAAAAAAGAUAUACACAACUGUUGACAAUACUAUGCUUGAGAAUCGUAUGACACGUAUGUAAUGUACCUAAUAAAUAUAUAAAACAAGACGGGAUGUUUGUGUUUCGUAAGUAAAAGCGUACUAAGAGUAUUAAACUCGUAACAAAGCGCGAGAAGAUUGCCGCACUCGCGCAACGCGAAAACGCCGCGUAACUUUUGCGCGGAUCGCCGCGGUGGUUUAUUAGGUAAUUACGUCUAACGAGCAAAAAAAAAAAAGAGAAGCAACUUCGUCGUCCCACGGAGAGCGCCGUUUACUGUCGAAAAACUUUUUCAAACAAAGGAAUACGAAAAGAGAGAAAGAGAGAGAUUUCAACGACACACAGCCGCUAUGCAGGCCAUGAGUGUAUGCAAGGUGAACCUAAGCAAUUGUAUCCGAGUUUUCAAACACGCACAUUCACAAAGAAUAUCUAUUUACUGAGAAAGAAACGGAGAGAAAGAAAGAGAGAGUACCAAAAUCCUCCUUAAUAAAUGUUUCUGUUUCUUCACUCACACACAUCGGCGAGUUGUUCUCCAGCGAACUGGAUGCGCAUAUAUAUGUAUAUAACGCUACACAUAUGAAUGUACACGUGAGAUACAUGUAUACAGACAGACACACGGACACGCAUUCACGGGCGGGAUAGCGCUUGUGUGACUCCGCACUCACACGACCGAAGCACCGAACGCACGCGUCGUCGUUACGACGUUUCCCAUCCCGCGAGCGGAUCAUCAUCGCCAUCAUCAUCAUCGUCGCGACGAGCACCAGUAUUGUCCUCGCUAAUCGAUUCGCUCGAAACACGAUGACAAUUCGCUUGUACCGAGCGGCGAUUGUGCAAUUUGGACAAGCGCGUUGCCUCCCGUAAUCCUGACAAUCCUGGUGACAUAAAUACCUAGCAUGACGCAAUCACACGGAGGACGAUCGACUUGCAUCAAUCGCACCGUUCAAUUAGAGAUAGAGAUCCCAUAUACAUACGUCACUCGCCUCGUUUUAGGAAUAUUAUCACGCGUCAUUCAUCAAUAUCGUGCCGCACGUUAGUUAGCGAAUGAAAGAGCUAUAAAAGGCGUGAAUCUUUCCUUUCAGUUACAAUAUAUCUUAUUUGUAUACGUUACUGAGAGAUAUAUGGAUUGUAGAAUAAUUCGUUAAACGUUUCUUGUUAAUAUUGAAAUCGUGAAAUCUAAAUAUCAUACGACCAAUUCCAUGGCCCGUAUUCUGGCGGCACAUUUGAUGUAAAAGCGAUUGUCUAACUCCCGUCACAUUGACGUUAAAGACGACCUUCGUAUUAGACAAAUAAAAUCGAAGCAUCGAACGGUCGUAUUUUUGUGCGCUAACUGUGCGACGAGAACACGGUCCUGACUAUUUAUUUAUAUUUAUUUGAUGAGUUUGUAUAUAUAAAAAUAAUCGGGAUAAAGAGAGAGAAUGUACAAAUGAAGUUGAAAGUGAAGUGUGAUAUGAAGAGCACGAGUGAGUGCAGCAAAGUCGGUUCUCUAUAAGAGAAAGACUUGCAAACUGAGUGAGAGCGAAAGAUGUUGCUACAAGGGAUUGAACCUGACCGAUUAAUUAGUUAAUUAAAGGAAAAUAUUGUAAUAGAAUGACAAGAAAGACGGACGAGAGAAACAUAUAUUAGAGCUAUAUCAUCGUUGAAUCAUCGCGCCACGUGCCAUAUCAUCGCAUUAUAUAUAUCAGAGAAAGACAGAGUUUAAAUAUUAUUAACUUUAAGUCGUAGAGCUAGAUAUAUAUAUAUGCAUAUACAUAUAUACAGCGUCACGGAAUCACGCGAGAAAUCCGGCAUGUGUACAGCAUUCGUUCGACUAACUGUGAUUUGUUGCUGGUCUUUAUUCGAGUGAUAUGAUAUCCGACGGUAUGAUUGCGCGGACGAAGGAGCGAAUGAACGAAUGAAUGGAGAUAUAUGAAAUGCUUUUUUAAUUAAAAAAAAAAAACUGAGUAUCAUAGAAUACUUGGGUAUUUAAUGGAUAUCCAAAAAUAUUCACUGUGUAAAUGUUCAAUAUCAGACUGAACUCUAAGGCUAAUAAUCGCGAAAUAAUAUAAAUGUGACACGCUUGUUCCUUCUUCAUUCAAUCGCUUCUUCGGAUGCUCCUGUGUGUAUGCAAUUUAAUGACGCGAGUACAUGUUUUGCUGCACCGAAUGCUCGAAUAUCGACCGAUCGCGGUUGCAAUCGCGGAUCGCGACCGUUUGCUCGUUGUCGAAGACCACGAGGUUUUCGAUGUGGCGGAAGACGAGGGAAGAAAACUCAAAUCGUCAGCGCGAAUUCGUUCAUCGUCAUCCUCAUCGUCAUGAUAAGCGAGUCACACUCGCGUCGUCACGUCGACACCGCACGAAGCGUCCGUUCGCCGUUGCCCAACCGAAUACCCGUUGUAAUCUAAUUUUUUCGCAUUGACAGUACACAACGCACGUGUAAGAUAUUAUCGCAUCUCGAUCGUGUAUUCACAGAAUAUAUUGCACAUACGACUUGCACAUAUUAUAUACAUAUUACGAGUGUGUAUAUACAUUAUAUAUAUACAUGAUCAUGUGGCCCCCAGCCGACGCUGUCUCAUCCCCCCAAUUAUGAUUGAAAUUGUUGUAAAUUUUUACGAUUUUAUUAAUUCUAUUUCAAUUUUCCUCGAUUGCUCGCAAUUCAAAAACAUAUCUGAAAUUCAUAAUAGCUUGACAGAAAAUGUAAUAUUAUGUAAUUCUACAUAUUUUCACUAUCAAUAAUAUUUUGCCAUUAUGAUUUAUAUUAUUACAUAAAAUGUCUCAUUAAAUAAGCUUUUCUUCAGCUGCAAAUUCUUUAAUAAAAUUUUAAUUAAAAAUUAAAAAAACAUAAUGUUGAUAAAUGUAAUUACAACAAAUACGAUUUUUCUUGUCAUUUUUGAAGAAAAAUAAAAUAUAAAUUGUUUGCAAAAAUCUGCAACAAAGAAUCUACAAUUAAAUGUAGUUAAAGAGAGACUUUGUUAAAAUAUAUAUAUAUUUCGCACUCAAAUAUCCAUAAAUGAAAAAAUACGAAUAAUUUGUUUCAUGUCAGUUGCGUGAAAUUUUAUUUCAUCAAAAAUUUUAAAACAAAAAGAGACAGCUACGGCAGUUUUCGAUUUCUAAAUGCCCAUGGUCUCCCCAAAAUUCCGGUAUUUCUGCACGCAUCCAUGUGUUGUCCGCCAUGUGUUGUCUAUUAUAAUACGCUGCGCCGUCUUUUUUCCGACUAUCGUUCCCCUUUUUCAUCUCGACGAAAGUAGGAACACGUAGGCAAGCGAAUCGAGCGAGAGGUGCAAAAUAAAGAUUGAGUAAACAAAAUACUUUCCACAGAUCAUCGUUUUCGGGACAAUAUUAUAUGGAGAAGAAAGAUGAAAUACUCCAUUUGUUUAAUAUGUUGAAAAAGACAGAUAGACGGACGUUGGUUUUAUGAUUACUUCAUUGCGUUACGUUGUAUCAUCGUAUACACUUCCGUUGUAAAUGUUUAAAAAAAAAAACGUGUUUGCCUAUGGUAAAGUUGUUCGCAUCGCGAGGAGGAAUCGUAGCGGCUGCCUUUUGCUCGAUCUCUGAUCUUCAAAGGGAUCGAAAAAUCUCAUCGAUUCUCGUUGAAACGAUUCUAUCGAUGCCGAUUGAUUCCCAGUACGCAAGUUUCAUCUGUUUCUUUCUAGAUAAUAAUGUAAUACGUAGUAUAAUAAACGUAUAAUAAUAGACGCAAUUUAGUUAACGGCGAGUAACGCUAACAAAUCGGACAGGUAGAAUCGAAUCAGAAAUACGAGAAUGGAUUUGUAUAAAUGCUCGGACGAUCAGUAGCCGCUCUAUCCUGCCUUCGCGAAUUUGUAAAGUAUCGAAGUACCGUUGAUGCGGAUGUAAGAGCGAAGUAAAUGAAUCGCACGUUUUCGAUAUAUGACAGAUUUUUAAUUUUGCAUUUUCCCUCCCUCAUAGUUCAUUCGCACAGUUCUCUCGCGCGCGUUCCUCGUUUUGCGAUCAAUGUACCAUAUCCAAAGGGUGCUCUUAAAGUGGACAGCGAAAUGAAAAGAGAAAGCGUUUACGAUGUAUUAAAAGACGGUAUGUACCGUUAAGUACGGGAUAGAAAGGAUGGCUUUCUUAUCGGGAUAAGCUGCCUCAGGGGAAGGUAAUCCAGGGACUCUAAUAAAACUUAUCCGAAAUUAUCAGUCUGAGAUUAUUCUACUUGUCGCCAGAGCCAUGCCCAUGGCCUUCCUUUACUCCAUCCUUUGUACAUUUUUCAUGUAAGAUGAUCAUUAUUAAAUUAAAUUUGCAAGCUAA